CGCUAAAGCCAUGCCGGGCUCCAGCGGGCAGCCCGACGCGGGCGGCGCGGGAACCGGGACCACGGCCGGCGACCCCGGGCACCCGCGCCCCGUCCUCGCGGGAGCCGAGGAUGCCGCGCCCCGGCCGCCACCCGAGCCCGACGACGCGGCCGCUGCGCUGCGCCUGGCGCUGGACCAGCUGUCCGCGCUCGGGCUGGGGGGCGCGCGCCCCGGAGAUGAGGAGGGGACGGCGGCGCGCGGCGCGGACGGGGCGGCGGAGCGCGGGGAGGACGGGCCCGCGCCCCCCGACGAGCUCGAGACGGCCGUGGCGCCCCCGGUGACUGGCGCGCCCUCGAUGGGCGUGGGACCCUCGGUGAUGACCGGUGCACCCUCGAUGGCCCUGGCACCCUCGGUGAUGACCGGUGCACCCUCGAUGGCCGUGGGACCCUCGGUGACCGUGGCACCCUCGAUGGCCGUGGGACCCUCGGUGACCUGUGCGCCCUGCAUGGCCGUGGCACCCUCGGUGACCGUGGCACCCUCGAUGGCCCUGACACCCUCGGUGACCGUGGCACCCUCAGUGACUGUGGGACACUCGGUGACCCUGGCACCCGCGAUGGCCGUGGCUUCCUCGGUAGCCCCCGGCGGGCUGCCUCUUCUGGACCCCGACGUGAGCCCCCGGCCGUCUCCCCCAGACGUGUUCGCCAGCUUCGCCCCGCACCCGGCCGCCCUGGGUCCCUCGACGCUGCUGGCCGAGCAGCUGAACGUGAUCGGCAGUCGCAAGAAGAGCGUGAACAUGACCGAGUGUGUGCCGGUGCCCAGCUCGGAGCAUGUGGCGGAGAUCGUGGGUCGUCAGGGGUGCAAGAUCAAGGCUUUGCGCGCCAAGACCAAUACGUACAUCAAGACGCCGGUGCGCGGCGAGGAGCCGGUCUUCAUCGUGACGGGGCGCAAGGAGGAUGUGGAGAUGGCCAAGCGCGAGAUCCUGUCGGCCGCCGAGCACUUCUCGCUCAUCCGCGCCACGCGCAGCAAGGCAGGCGGGCUGUCGGGGGCUGCCCCGGGCCCCCCUAACCUGCCCGGCCAGACCACCAUCCAGGUGCGCGUGCCCUACCGCGUGGUGGGGCUGGUGGUGGGGCCCAAGGGCGCCACCAUCAAACGGAUCCAGCAAAGGACGCACACGUACAUCGUGACCCCGGGCCGCGACAAGGAGCCGGUGUUCGCGGUGACCGGGAUGCCCGAGAACGUGGACCGCGCGCGGGAGGAGAUCGAGGCGCACAUCACGCUGCGCACCGGGGCCUUCACCGACGCGGGGCCCGACAGUGACUUCCACGCCAACGGCACCGACGUGUGCCUGGACCUGCUGGGGGCCGCGGCCAGCCUCUGGGCCAAGGCCCCCCACCCGGCACGGAGGCCCCCCGCCGCCGCCGCCAGCGGCCUGCGUGGGGACAGCGCCCUGGGCGCCGCCAGCACCCCUGAGCCCUUCUACGUGGGCAGCCGCGGGGGGCCGCCCCUGCCGGACCCGAGUCCCGGCAGCCCCUACGGGGGCUCGGGCAACGGGGGCUUCACCUUCGGCGGGGACGGGCCCGGGGCCCCCGCGGGGACGGCCACCUCCGAGGACUGUGACUUUGGUUUUGACUUCCUGGCGCUGGACCUGACCGUGCCCGCCACGGCCACCAUCUGGGCGCCCUUCGAGCGCGCCGCGCCCCUGCCGGCCUUCGGCGCCUGCCCCGCCGCUGCCGCCGCGGUGAACGGGGCGCCCCCGCAGCCCGGCACUGGCGCGCGGCGCAGCAGCGGAGGAGGCGGCGGGGGCGGCGGGGCCGCCACCACCCCGCGCCACUCGCCCACGCUGCCCGAGCCCGGGGGCCUCGGCCUGGAGCUGCCGCUGGCGCGCCGGGGCGUCCCGGACCCCGUGGGUGCUGUGCCUUGGCGACCCCCGCAGAGCGCGCUGCCGCCCUUCUCCGGGGGCGGCGCCGCCUUCUCCAGCGGCCCCUCGCUGCCCAGCCCCGCGCAGGCGUCCUCCACCCUGGACGCCGCCGCCGCUGUCGCCUCCGAGGGCAACCACAAGCCAUCCACCACCGCGGUGUCGUCGGCGAACUCCUCCGCGCCCGCCGCGGCCCCGGGGCCCCCCGCCGCAGCCUUGGCGCGCGAGUGCGUGGUGUGCGCGGAAGGCGAGGCCAUGGCCGCCCUGGUCCCCUGCGGCCACAACCUCUUCUGCAUGGACUGCGCCGUCCGCAUCUGCGGGAAGAGCGAGCCCGAGUGCCCCGCCUGCCGCACGCCGGCCACCCAAGCCAUUCAUAUCUUUUCCUAGUGCGCCCCCCGGCUCGGCGGGGCGGCCCCGGGGGGUGGCGUGGGAGGGGCGGGAGGCAGAGGGGCCCACGCGUGUCGCAAACAGCUUUAACUCCUGCAGCAGGCGUCGAGGCCAUCGGCGUGCGGCCCAGCGGCAGCGCCUCCGUCCUUGACAAGUGACAGUAUUGAGUGAGCCGGUGAUAAUAAAGCCGGAGAAUUCUCUGUUUGCACUUUUUAUUAAGACACCCUGUCCCGUUUCCGGGGUGAUCUUAGAACAAACGAAAAAAAAAUAACACGAUAUUUACAACUC